GCAAGUCUUCACUGUUUACCUGUUCGCUAUCUCGACUUGAGCUUUCAUUCCAUCAACAUGAGUGCGUCAAAUUUACAAGUUUUAAUGCAUGCUGGUGAACUUGAGUAUAUUGUGGAAAAUAUCAAGGAAUCCAGACGAACAUACAAAGUUAUUGGUGGAUGUCUCUUUGGCUUGUGGCGCAACUCUCUUGUACAGCCAGUCGUUCAGUUUGUAACUGGUCAUGUUAAACCUUCCAAAAACUUGGAAGGGCAAGAGAUCGAUAACAUCAUCAAUGGUGAAUUCGUAGAAAAAUUCACUUCAACAAUGUUGAAAAAUCACUCCUUAGUACGACUUGGAUUUUGGUUCACAUCUUUUGAAGAAAACUUUGAUGAAUUUCGAGAAAGUGUAUUGCAGGAGUUUCAAAACAGAAACAAAGAUAAGUUACUGCUUUUUAUUAACUACACCGAGGAUAGUGGAAGGGGGAAUAUUAUCGGCGAAUACGAUCUUUCAAACUCGACGAUUCCACUGUACAAGGAAGAUAUACUUGACGGUCAUAGCUCUUUUAGAAAAUAUGACGACCUCACUCAAAAAAUUGGAAAGAAUCGAGAUUUAGUUGUACCCCCUGGUAUUUCCGAAGAUCAAGAUGUUAGACCCGAGGUGAAUAACCUGAUUGCCAUGCUCCCCUCGCGUACACAAACCUCCGAAGCUUCUAUAAUUCCUACACAGUGGUAUUCAACUGACCAAGGAAUGGAGCUUCUACAAAAGUUAAUGCAAUGUUUUAACUCGCAGCAUAUUACGCCAGAAAUGUCCAGAGAUGCGACAACUCAUAAUUUGCAAUUCAAUCUGAAUCGUGACUAUGCCCUUGUAUUUCCACCUAAUUUCCCUAAAAGCUUGCCUGUUUUGCACAAUUCGUUUGACGGCAAAAUAAAUUUUAAAAGAAAUGAGAUUGAUAAGAGCGACGUUUGUGGAAGUGUUGUACGUGCUGUCGUUAGGAAAAUACAAUCUCACCGAAGAUAGUGAAACCAUUAUGGUGAAAUGGAAAUGGAAACUUUUAGUUCUAUAAAGUAAACAAUAUUCUUUCAACAUGCACAUGUAACAAAACUUGCACUUGACUGGCUAAUUUACAUCUAACAUACAUGCAUAUACUGAUGUAAAAACAUACUUUUAUGUAGUUAAAUGUAUUCUAUGUAUUCUGGCAUAAAAUGUAUUUCCAUAAUAAACAAUUUGAAUGCUUUUA